AUAGAAAUCAUACAAGAGUGAAAAUUGUGUUGUGUUAAACAAUGAACAUGUCGCGUUCGUUCUUCGUCGAUUCAUUGAUCAACAAUCCGCCUAAGGAAUACAUCAUGCCAUCACCUCUGGGUGAUCCACGACCAAUGUUGCCAUAUCCCCCGAGUUACAUCAGUUCUUAUUUGUUUUCCUUGAGUUUGGCUCAACAACAAGCUCAAGCGCAUCAAUUUGGAGGAAUGUUGAAACAACCCAUCCGACCAGUGCCUUCACUACCCAACUUACCAAUGAUGCCUUCACAAUCAGCACCUCAACAUACAAGAAACUUAAACUCGUUGAAACGCCCAGCUUCGUCACCUAUGUUUGAUGAUAAUCAUCAUAUGACUAUGAUCAACACCAAGAAUCCUAGACUAAGUUUUGAUAGUCAAAUUGGAUUGCAUAGUCCGUCUAGCAGUCCACAGAAUAGUCCACGAGGUCAUGCAAUGCCAUCACCUCCGCUGACUAGUAGGGAAUCUACUCCAACACCACCAUCACCUCCGCCUUCUAAAACAUCAUCAACGGCUGAUGAUAAAGAUUCUUCUAAAAGAAUCCGCACUGCGUUUACCUCUAAACAACUCCUGGAGUUGGAAAGAGAGUUUUCUGCGAAUAUGUACUUGUCUCGUCUCCGACGGAUCGAAAUCGCUACGUGUUUGCGACUUUCGGAAAAGCAAGUGAAGAUUUGGUUCCAGAACCGUCGCGUCAAGUACAAGAAAGAGGAUCUCCCGGCUGCAAAUGGAAGCAGUGGUCAGUCACCGAAUAAGUGCUGUUGUUUGAGGACGUGUUCCUCGUCCAGGAAGCCGAAAAAUAGUACUUCGUCUUCUUGUGAUGGAGACGAAGAUCAUAUUGAUGUCACCAAUCUGGAUGAUCAUGAACACAACGAAAAUAAUGUUUUUUAA